AUGUCAAAUCAGACGGCUACCAGCGCCAGCGGCGAUGCUGCCAGUGAUAGCACCCUUGGCGCUGUCCUGCGGAAACUCACUGCUCUUACACAACGGCCCGAACCGAAGAAGUAUCCUUCAGUUGCUUCCAUACCUCGCACAUCAGCUGAACGCCUGGCCCAAGCUGCUGAAGAUCAUGUCAUCGAUCGCGACCAUCCAACCCCCAGGACCUAUCUGUACCUCGCCUACGGAUCAAACCUUUGCGCUGAGACAUUCUUAGGCGUGCGUGGAAUUCGACCUCUUUCGCAAGUAAACGUUUCAGUUCCGACGUUGGAGCUUACAUUUAAUCUCCCUGGAAUACCCUAUCGCGAGCCGUGUUUCGCAAACGUUGAUUACAGAAAGCUUCCAGAAAAGCCUAAGCUGCCUCCCAAGAUUCCCGUUCCACCUUUUGAGCCUCCGCAUCCACCACACACGGAUCAGGUUCAAUGGGAUGAAGGCCUCAUUGGUGUGGUGUACGAAGUGACGGAGGAGGAUUACAGCACCAUCAUUCGCACGGAGGGUGGUGGAGCGGGUUACAAGGAGAUUGUUGUCCCUUGCAUCCCACUGCCCCCUAAGAUUUCGAUCCCGGAAAAGCCAUACCCUGAUAUUCCACGACCUUUUAUGUCGAGAACUCUUUUUGCGCCACAAAUUCCUGAUAAGGACUUGCCUGAUGAUCCUCGCAAGCACAAAUGGUGGUACCGCUUCCUCAUCGGCCCUCAACGUGAGCCUGGUUAUGCGCAGGCCAGUGCUCGUUACAUGAAGCUUCUCAAGGACGGCGCCAAGGAACACGAACUCCCUGAUGGAUAUCAGCGUUGGCUACACUCCCUACAGCCAUAUACGAUUACGACCAUGCGACAGAGAAUUGGAGCUUUCCUGUUCCUUUUCUUCAGUGGCGUCCUGUUCUCGGGAGUCAUCCUCUUGUCGAAGGUUUUUGCGAAUAAAUCUGGCAAAAUACCUCAAUGGCUAGCUGUCACUAUGAUCGUUAUGUUCAGCGUGGCCUGGAUGGUGUAUGAUAAUUUCUUCAAACCUAUCUUUGGUAAUGGCGAGAGAACUGAAGAGGAGGAUGAAAGCAAAACCCACACAAGAAAGCGCUCCUUGUCCAAGAUUCUCCACCAUUUCCCAUCUGCAGAUGAAGAAAAGGCAGCAUUGCUGAGCGGAUCUCAUUGA